GGGCUGCGCCUUAUGAAGGCUGCCUACGUACCCUUGUCGAAGGGAUCAAUAUGUCUGGAUGGGUCAGUGCCUGGAUAUCAUUUGUAUCGUGGGUACGGCUCAGGAGCAAACAACAGGAUCAUUCAGUUGGAGGGUGGUGCGUGGUGUAACAGCAUAAAAGGUUGUCAGAACCGUAAAACUAGUCGUGUUGGAUCGUCUACCUUAAUGGAUAAACAUAUAAGUUUUAAAGGAAUACUUAGCAAUAAAGCUUCUGAGAAUCCAGACUUUUACAAUUGGAAUAAAGCAGAAAUUCGGUACUGUGAUGGCGCUUCUUUUAGCGGCGAUAGCGAAAACAAGACGGCCCAACUUCAGUUUAGAGGAAAGCGUAUAUUUUUAGCCGUCAUGGAAGAUUUGAUGGCAAAGGGAAUGCAUGUGGCGUGCGAGGCUUUGCCCAACGAAUGUUCUUCUGGGGGUCUUUCAGCGAUUUUACGCUGCGAUGAUUUCAGUAGUUUGUUUCCUCCUACCACUAAAGUAAAAUGCAUGAGCGAUGCUGGCUUUUUCCUCGAUGCGGUUUAUAUAUCUGGAGCUCGUUCUUUAAGGCGUAUGUAUUUUGGUGUCGUAAAUACCCAGGGUUUACAAAAUACGCUUCCUCGCACAUGUACAAGCCAUCUUGAUGCAACUUCGUGCUUUUUCCCUCAAAACAUAAUCAACCAAGUCAAGUCCCCAUUAUUUAUUCUCAACUCGGCAUUUGAUUCGUGGCAGAUUGAAAGUAGUAUAGCUCCACCAUCUGCUGAUCCGAGUGGCAGUUGGCAUAAUUGCAGCUCCAGCUUCAAGUGCAACGCCUCUCAGAUGCAAUUCUUGGAAGGUAACUAUAAUGAUAAUUUCAUGAAACCUACUACAAGCAAGAACGGAAUGUUUAUUAGCUCGCACUGGGCUCAUUGUCUAGCUGAGAGAAAAGACACUUGGUUUCCUGGAAAUUCUCAACCUGGUGAAGAUAAGGGGAUUGCUGUAGCUGUUGGAGAUUGGUAUUUCGAAAGAGCAAAAAAGUAA